GGUUAGUUGAGGUUGCCCUUAACGGUUUAUUAUCACACAUACAAAAUCCCAUCUCCCUCCAAAAAAAAAAAAUCCACAAACAACAAUGGCAACAAUAAUGGAAAUUAGGAAUUUGGGUGUUGGAUUUAGGCCUCAAAAUGCAAUAAAUAUGACUAGAAAAUGGCCAUGCAAGCAAUAUCUUGGUCAGAAAAAGCAAAACAAGAAGAGUUUUUUGGUUUUGUGUUCUGUUGCUGACCAAAAAGAAAGUAAAGUUAGUUCAUUUAGUGAAGAAGAGAAUGUGUUAAUUGAUGCUCUUAUUGGUAUUCAAGGUCGAGGUGCGGCUGCUUCUCCUCAACAACUUCAAGAGGUUGAACGUGCUGUUAAAGUUCUUGAAGGAUCAGAAGGCGUUUCUGAACCCACGAGCUCGAGUUUGAUCGAGGGUCGGUGGCAGCUGAUGUUCACGACUAGGCCUGGAUCAGCAUCUCCUAUUCAGAGAACAUUUGUUGGGGUUGACUCAUUCAGCGUAUUUCAAGAAGUGUUCCUUAGAACGAACGACCCACGUGUAUCCAACAUUGUAAAGUUUUCCGAGGCAAUAGGUGAGCUGAAAGUAGAGGCACUUGCAACAAUCAAAGAUGGAAAACGAAUUCUUUUCCAAUUUGAUAGAGCAGCAUUUUCAUUCAAAUUUCUACCGUUUAAGGUUCCGUACCCUGUACCAUUUAGACUUCUAGGAGAUGAAGCUAAGGGCUGGUUAGACACUACAUAUUUGUCUCCAUCUGGGAAUCUCCGUAUUUCAAGAGGAAACAAGGGAACUACAUUUGUGCUGCAAAGGGAAACUGAGCCAAGGCAAAAGUUGCUUUCGUCCAUUUCAACGGGUACAAGGGUAGAAGAGGCAAUUGAAGAGUUUAUUUCCUUAAACAAAAAUGUAGCGAAUUCUGAACUGGAACUCCUCAAGGGAGAGUGGCAAAUGAUAUGGAGUUCACAGGUUGAAACAGACAGUUGGAUAGAGAAUGCCGGCAACGGUCUGAUGGGCAUGCAGAUUGUCAAACCAAACGGACAGUUGAAGUUCCUGGUCGGCAUACUGUUCGGUAUUAGGUUCUCCAUGACUGGCAAAUAUGAGAAAUCCGGCAGUAACACAUACGAUGUCAUAAUGGACGAUGGCGCUAUCCUGGCUGGAAUAUAUGGAAUUCCAGUUGAAAUGGAAAGCAAGUUCACCAUGGAAAUACUAUAUACCGAUGACAAGAUCAGAAUUUCACGCGGCUACAACAAAAUUCUCUUUGUCCAUGUACGCGUAGACGGAUCCAACAAGAAGUGAUCAUCAAGAUUUACAUAGUUACAUUAAGGCCAAUUUGCUAUGUUAAAACUUCCAAAGUUAUAUACUUCCAUAUUCAAAUCUUUGUCAAAUGUAACUUUAUAUUCAACUUGACAAAGCACCUUACUCAAGUUACAUAUAGUGCAGUUAUACAAUCAAAACUUGCAGGCCAGUUAGUGCUGCAUUUUGACAUCUA